AUGUCAAGUUCAAUCCCCCAUCCCUUCGAUCCUCUCAGCGGAGAGGAAAUUCGCCUCGCUACCUCUAUUGUGCGCAAAGACCAUGGCGAUGCAGUCCACUUCCACGUCAUAACCCUACAGGAACCGCGCAAGGCUGAGAUGGUCGCUUGGCUUGCUAAUCCCUCCAGCGGCUCCAGACCUCGACGUGUUGCAGAAGUCGUUAUCAUUGAUCCCAGAGAUGGCAAAGGCCAUGUCUACGAUGGUCUGGUUGAUUUGAAGAGUCAAAGAAUCACAAAGUGGGAGCGUGCAGAAGGACAACAGCCCAUUCUCAUCGUCGAAGAAAUGCUCGAAGUCGAAGAAGCCUGUCGCAAAGACCCCCAGGUCAUCGAGCAAUGCCGAAUCAGCGGAAUCGCCGCAGACGAGAUGCACAAAGUCUACACCGACCCAUGGACAAUUAGCCACGACCCUCGGUACGGCAGCAGCACACGCCUGUUCCAAGGCCUGAUGUACUUCCGCCCAGAUGUCGACAACUGCCAAUACCAAUAUCCUCUUGACUUCCAUCCGAUCUAUGAUCCAAGGAAGAAGGAGGUUAUCGCUAUCGAUAUUCCUCGCGUUCGACGACCUCUUCAGAGAAACAAGGCGGUGGAUUAUCAUCAUCUGUAUAUCCAGAAGGAGGGCGGGUAUAGAAAGGACUUGAAGCCGAUUUACAUCUCCCAGCCAGAGGGUGUUUCGUUCAAUGUCAACGGGAGGGAGCUAGAGUGGCAGAACUGGAAGUUCCAUAUCGGCUUCAAUUAUCGUGAGGGCAUUGUUUUCAACAACAUUACCUUCAACGAUAAGGGAAACGUCAGGCCAAUCUUCUAUCGCAUGUCUCUUUCUGAGAUGGUUGUUCCCUAUGGUCACCCCGAGCCUCCUCAUCAUCGCAAACAUGCCUUCGAUCUAGGCGAGUAUGGUGCCGGAUAUCUGACAAACAGUCUCUCACUUGGCUGUGACUGCAAGGGUAUGCUGCCUCUCACUCCUCAGCUGGUUCGCCACGCUAACGUUAAAGGUGCCAUUCAUUAUCUCGAUGCCGAGCUCCCAACCCAGACCGGUCAGAUCCGCAAGAUUGAGAAUGCCAUAUGCAUCCAUGAGGAAGACGAUGGCAUUCUCUUCAAGCACACAGACUUCCGAGAUAACUCGACCAUUGUAACGCGUGCUCGGAAGCUUAUCGUUCAGCAUGUCUUUACUGCUGCUAACUAUGAGUACGCCAUUCAGUGGGUGUUCCAUCAAGACGGUACCAUCCAACCCGACAUCAAGCUCACCGGUAUCCUCAACACCUAUGUCAUGAACCCCGGUGAGGAUCUGCAAGGCUAUGGAACGCAAGUCAAGAAGGGUGUCAACGCUCAUAACCAUCAGCAUCUCUUCCUUCUCCGCAUCAACCCCAGCAUCGACGGACAUGAGAACACGGUUCACAUGGUUGAUGCCGUACCGUCUGAUGCCCCAGUUGGCAGCCCAGAAAACCUCUACGGCAACGCCUUCUAUGCUAAGCGUACCCGGCUCGAGACCACUGGCCAAGCUACCACAGACUACAAUGGUGCUACGUCUCGCUCCUGGGACAUUGUCAAUGAGAACAAGCUCAAUUCUGAGAGCGGCAGGCCUGUCUCAUACAAGCUUGUUAGCCGAGACGUGCCGAACUUGAUGCCCAAGGAAGGUUCUCUUGUAUGGAAGAGAGCCUUCUUUGCUCGUCACGCUGUCCAUGUGACGAAGUAUGCGGAUGAUGAGCUCUGGGCCGCUGGCAACCACGUCGCCCAAAGCUCCGGUGAACCUUCCAGAGGCCUCGGUGCUUGGAUUGGUGACGGUACCAAGAGCGUCGCCAAUACUGAUAUUGUCCUCUGGCACACAUUUGGUAUUACGCAUUUCCCCGCCCCAGAGGAUUUUCCAGUGAUGCCAGCUGAGCCGAUUACACUCCUGCUCAGACCCCGCCACUUCUUUACCUGCAACCCUGUCAUGGACGUGCCUCCUUCUUACUCAGUCACUCCCAGCGAAGUGGCCGCUAAGAAGGCAGGAUUUGAUACGACAGAUAAGGUUAGCAAGCUGGCGGCUAUGAGUGACUCUUCGUGCUGCAAGCCACCUAAGCUGUAA